AUGCCACCACGUUCCUCCAAAUCUACCGAUGAUGUCCUACCUUCUCCCGGCCAAUUUACCCGUCCUCCACCAUCUCAAUAUUACACCUAUCGCAUUCAACGAGGAGAACAGGGAGUUCUGACGUAUGAGCCUUACAAAUCCUAUCUCCUACCCCUUUGGCGAUUCCGGACUGCCUCGAUUGCAGAAAAGUCCUCGAAUGCAUUAUACGGAGAAUUUCUACAGUUUUAUAGGGAAAAUGAUUUUGUGGGUAUGGAUAUGAGUAGAAAGUUUAUACAGAUGGGUAUGACGCGAUCGAAACGUUAUGCGAACCAUAAAGGGGGACGAAAAUACGAUAUUGGAAAGGAUGGGGAGAAAGUGGAAAUAGAAAAGAGUCAAGGGCAUGAAGGACAGGAAGAUAAACUAAUUGCUAGUGGCAUAUUUAAAAAAAAUUUUCAAAAGGAGUUGAAGAACUGGAUAAGCGUUCAUGGAGAGGAAACACGAAAUGAUGGAGAGGGGUUGGAAGUUAAAGAGCGGGAACAAAGCGAAGAAGCCAAAUAUAUAAAACAAGAGGGCGAAGAGGUAGAGGACCUGAAGGAGUGUAGACAACGAAAGAGGCCAUGGAAUGAAAUAAAAAAGGAGCAAAGGAUUAAGAAGGAGGAUAGUGUAGAGGAAACGUCGAACAAACCAAGAAUGAAGCGGAAACGAAUUGAUCUUUGA